CAGGCUAAAGUAAAGGAAACACUGAGGAAACAUACCAAGAGCGUCUCUCAUCCCGGGCUGGGGAGCUACACCGGGUGCUUUUUUUUUUAUUUGAUGGCAUUUUUAAACGAUGAUCACGAGGAUGGCAGAGAGUGUCCCGUGUGCUAUGAGAGUUUAUCGGGGACUGAGAGGACGCUGAGCUGCGGACACGUUUUCUGUCACGACUGCCUCGUUAAAACCCUGGUGAGCGUCAAUACCAAUGGAAACAUAAGAGACACCAUAGUUUGUCCAAUCUGCAGACAUCUCACAUUCAUCAAGAAACAAAAGGAAGCUGUGGUGUCAUUCAAUGCGGAUAAGGAUGUAGAAGCGGCGGGACAGACAUUGGAAGUACCCGUGCCCCUCUGCUCCUCUGUGGGACAGCAGCAGCAUCUGCGCGCGAGCCCUUCAGGAGACACUUUACCCACGGGACUAAACUGGAUCUCUCAUGUUGUUAGAUGGAUUUCUGAACGACUACGGAGGCAGAGACUGGUUUGUCCAACUCAUAACGCAUCACAGAUUUUCAUCAUCAGCGCAGAGGGUCGUCCUAUGGUGGAGGAAGACGCGCUCAGUGCGGUCAUGACGGUGGUGCAGCCAAACAGGCGAAGGCGCAGGGUGUGCACUACGGCGCGCUGUUUGCUCUUUUUACUCUCUGUUUUUACUGCUCUUGCUCUGGUAGCUGCUACAUUACCCUGGAUAUUGUUGGCAUAGCUACGCCAUAUUCAGCAAAAACUGCGUCAAUGUAUAAAACAUUUUUAUAUGGAAUAAAACAGGCACUUGGACAUGAUGUGCAAUUAAUUUAAAACAACUCUGGAAACGUAGAUGCUCCUAAUGCUCUUAUGUGGAUUUGUUUUUCAUUUCCCUCAUAUUUUCAUUUAAUUGUCUGUCACUGAUGGCUUUAAAAUUAAGAUUCUGUCUAUUCUCCAAACUUUUAUACUAAACUGUUGUUCUUGCAGCACUCUCAAAAUCUUUGGCCAUGCAAUGUGUUUAUUUAUUUUAAGUUAUCUUGAGACUACAGGUCAGCCUAUGUGAAUAAAAUGAUUUGUAUGUAAACCCUUAGUAUUACUUUGUUAUCACGGCCUAAAGGUUUAAUUGACAAACAUGAUUUAUUGUAGUCUACUGCCACUUUGUUGUUGGAUACCCUGUUUCUAAGCAGAGGACAAAAGCUUUUGUGACAAAAAAUGUUCUAGACCGUUGUACUUCUGGGUAGUAAGAGAUGUUAAUGCUCCUCUUUGGAAGCAGAUCUGUAGUUACAGAUAUUCCAGCUAAAUAUUAGGACAGUGCUUAACAUUCAUUAUUUGUGACUUUUAACUAUCUAAGGGGAUAUUCUGUAGCAGAGCUGCAGCUGUAAGAAGAGACAAGACUACAGCAUUAAAUUACACCACUAGUCCAUCUUAUCUGGCUUCUUAGAACCAUGCAGAUACCUAGAGUUUCAACACUGCCUUGCUGUCCAUUGCAUUACAUAAUGUUCUGACUCAAGAACGAAUGGUUUCUUUCAUAGAAAAAGCUUUGUCAGUAUCUCCCAUCGUCUUAGCAAACACUCCUAGUUUCCCCGUGUGGUAAAACCUAAGUCAUCUUGCUGGUCCAGUUGUACAAGUUACACACCUGUAGUGACUGUUAUGUGGUUUCUCUGAAUGAGAUGACACCUCUGAUCUGUCAUUAUUGGCUUUUUAGUCUUAGAAAUACAGUUAAACAUAAACAAUAAGACCAAAGGAGAACAGCUUUUUACAAAUGUAGACUUUAAUAUAUAUUUAUUCUUGACAUUCUGAUCAGAUUUGCAGGUAUAGGCCUCACAGUACACAAACUGUGUUCCACUUGAUAUGCUAAGCAGAGGCAAAUGAAUGGAUGGCAUGGUGGGCUCGACAAGCAGCAACUUCAUAAUCAGUACACUAGUGAAAGCAGAAGGAGGCAGCACAUCCACACUCAUCCACUCCUGUCCGUAUUGCUAUGAAAACCCAAACAGGACCAUUCAAAGAGAUCCCCAUUCCCACCACACAGUCCUUUGUUAUAACAUUGUUAACCCUUAUACAAACCCUACAAAGACAGUGUUUGACACAAAUGUGGAAUACAAAACGUUUCUCUAAAUGCAUGCAUUACACAUCAUUUUUAUUUUCUAUUUUUCCCGAAAUGUAAACAAAUUUUUAUGAAGUGGAGAAAAUAUGUCCUAAUGUACCAUACAGUUGAUAUUCUUACCCAUUACUAAAAGUUAAACAAUGCUAAAAUGAAAUUGUAACUCGUAAUACACCAGGGUACUUAAUCUCUGCAGCAUCAUUGCGCUUAUUAAUUUAACACAUGCUUUCUGAUAGAUGUAAAAGAAGCAUUACAUGCCAGCAGGCCAUACUAAACCUUAUUUACCUUUUACAUAGGACAGUUUGAGCAAAGUCACAUUCAGUCAACACAAAAAGACACCUCCUCAAAUGUAUGGCUCCAACAGAUACAAGACCUCCAGUAUACACUAUAUAAGCCUGUAAAAUGUUGCCAAUGUUGACAUACAGUUAUCACCACAGCUAUCAAUGUAAUAUGUAAAAUCAAUGUAAAUUAACUUUAGUUACAGAAAAAAAUCUAUUUGAAAUUUCUCCAAUUCAUUUGAAUGCAUUUCACUAAUCAUAUGAUUAAAAGACUGUGCCUGUGGUGGAGCACGGACAUUGUAAUUGCACUUUAAUAAACAUAAUU